GAGCUGAAGGCGGGGCGCGGUGGUAGUAGGCCCAAGUCAACAAUAUGGCGGCCAGGGGUUGCUACGGUACCCUAGUUUGAGGGGGGUUUCGGAGGCCUCGCCUCUCUAUUCUACCUCAGAUCUUCCUCAGCUCGCCCGCCAUGGCCCGGCACAGAAAUGUCCGUGGCUACAACUACGACGAAGAUUUUGAAGAUGAUGACCUUUAUGGGCAGUCUGUAGAUGAUGAUUACUGCAUCUCACCAUCAACAGCUGCUCAGUUUAUUUAUUCAAAACGAGAUAAUACUUCAGUCUCUGCAGAACCUUUAGAGGAAUAUGAUUAUGAAGACUCUGAACAUAGCAAUUUUAUCUCCAGUCACCAGCUGACUAGACUUGAAAAAGCUCAGCUAAAUUCAUGCCUUGAUCAUAUGAAAGAAGUUCUUGGAAAUACAGUGCCAGAAAAAUUGCUGGUGGAAGCAGUACUCAGCAGUAACUUUGAUAUACAGCAAGCUUUGGACUCCAUCCUUGCACAAGACAAUAAGCAAAAUGGGAAGACCAAGAAUGAGGAUAAUGUAAUUGUAGGAAAACCAACUAAAGGCUUAUUUUGUUCAGAAAUAUUUUCUAAUAUUAAUCACUUGACUAAUUUGGUUGAAAACAUUUCUGAUUCCACUGGUUUCUCCUUUACUUUUAAUGGUCCAGUUGUCAAUGCUGAAUCCACUUAUAAUACUUCAGUUCCAAAUGAUAAAAUUCUCUUCAGAUCCAAAUGUUGGAAAACUCCCGCUAAAAAGAAAACUAUCACAUCUUCAUGCAAAUCCUUGGAAAUUAUUCCUUUAUCAUUAAGUGAUGGCAAUGAACAAUCCAAGUGUGACACCCUCCCACAAGCUGAGAGCAAUAGCACUACAGCUGGUGAAUCUUGCAUUGAAUAUAACACUUGCUUUAAUUCGGGGACUGAAUUGCUUAAAAAAAACCUAUCAGAAAAAACUUCUUGGAAUUGGUCUGAGUUUAAAGACCUUAAAGACUUAAAAGAUAUACUUCGUGAAACAGGUGAUUCAUCAGAUGCACAAGCUGGUUCAUUAAUCAUGCCACAGAAAAAAAAUAAUUGUGGACUCAAAAGCUGCUUGAAUAAUUACUUUGAUAAUUUAAAACUAGAUAAUGUAAAUACUACAUCUAAUAAAAUGACUGAAUCUUUUGAAAGCAAAAACAAGUGUUGCUUUCAAGGAUGCAAUAGCAAUUCUUCAAAGGUUAGCAACCGAGCAUUUUCAAUGUCUGAAAGUCCAUCACUGGCUGAUCUCCUGCAGGAGCACCAAGGAAACAAUUCAAGCAAGCCUUGCUCAUUGCAUAAUCUUUGCAAUUUACCCUCAGCAGACCUUACGGAUAUGGAAUUAGAACAUUCAGCGUUGUCUCAGCUUGCCAAUCAUCUUCCAGUAUCAUGUGGCAUGACAGAACUCUCAGGAUCCUUAUCUUCCUUGACACAUUCUAAGUCAUCUCCAGUAAAAGAACUUGAGAGUUUAUCACUUUCAGAUUUAAUUGCAAAAUCUAUUGCAGUAGACAGCCCUGAAAUAAUAAACAGCCAUUCAGAAUUUCAUUUAGCUAAAAAGGUACAACCUUCAGUCGUAAAUUCAGAUAUUGAUCUAAGUGUACUUAUUAGAAAAUCAACAUUAUCACCAGAGCCCGAAGAAAUACAAUUAAAUACAAUGGUUCCAGAAACUGAAGCCUUAUUUUCAAAGCAGGGGCAGCGAAUGUUUUUAACUAAAGUAAGCAAGAAAAGCAAAAAAAAAGUGAGGUCACCUAUUUUAAAAGGCACAGUUUCAUGGGCAAAAGCUUUGUGUGCAAAGCCCUCCACUUUUGCUAUAACUUUAUGUCUUCAUUACCCUUCAAAGAGAUGUAAACAUCAAAAUGUAAAUAUUCAUAAGGCUUUUUUGUAUAGCAGGCAAAUACAAGAAGCAAAAGUUAAUGAAAUUGGACCCUUAAUGGCAAUCACUCCAUUUGAUUUCAAAUCACCAUCUCCUGAUGAUAUUGUAAAAUCAGGUCAAAAGAAGGCAUUCACUAGGUAGUGCAAUGAACCAAUGUUACUUUGAUUAUUUCUGGAUUUUAAACUGUUUUAUACAAGAUUAUUUUGGAUUCCAAAUUGGAAUAGAUUUUGUAAAAGCAAAAUAAAUUUCAGGUUAUAUUGGGUAGCUCAAUUUUUAGUAAACAUUUAAAAGGAUACACUGGAUUCUAGUCUUGUUAUUGUUUUAUCACUUAUUGAAUUAUUUUGGUAGUUUGGAGAAAUAUUGUACAGUACUAAAAAGGAACAAUAUUAACUAUGAUUUCAGAUUUACAAAUUACAUUGUGGAACAAAUUCUUGAAAAAAUAUAUUACUACAAGUAAUUCACCAUUAAGUAAUUUUUUUUAACAUUUGAUAUGCCACUUAAAUACUUCGAAACAUAUAUCUUUCUUUUCCUAAUUUUUACCUAUUAAUUCAUAAAUCUGAGUUGCAAUAUGGUUUAUUUAUUUUGAUUUUAGAAUGAAAUGCAAAUCUGUCCACUGCAGUUUGUCAUUUUUCAGGGAUCUGUGCAUAAGAAAAUGAAAAACAGAUCAUAUAUGAAUCAGCCUUUUCCUCCAUCUUUUUGUCAUACAUCUUGAAAAAUAAGUAACAAAGACUCUGUAAUAGUGUACAAACACUGUUGGGUAUCGUAGUAAACAAUUUAUAAACUUCAAUGGAAGAAGUUUUACUUAUUUGAAAGCCACCCUGGCUUUUAGAUAAGUUCUACAAGACAGUAUGUAAAUUCCUUUUUUCACAUAGAAUAUUGUAUAGCCAAUGAUGUAAGAAUAGAUGGGAAGGUUAUGUGAUUAAUCUACUUCCCACUGAGAAUCCAAUUCAGUGGGGCCAAUUGAAGAUUAUUGAUACAAGUUUUAUGAGGAUUAUAGAAGAAAGAUGGACUUGCCUGAACAUGAUUGGAGAAAUAUUGCAGUAUUUGUAUGAAGUGACCCAAUCUGAAAAUUCUCUUAUUCCAUAAGAUAACGCUUAUAGUAUAUGAUAGGUCACACAGCCAUUUUUGGUGGGGAACGAGAGCCUUGAGGGAAGGGCAGAAAAAAACAGAUCCAUGAUAUCAACUUGCUGGUUGAAUAUGCAUCAUUGGGCAUUACAGUUUUUUUAAAAAAAUAUUUUUGUUUAUUUUUUCAGUUAAUGAAGUAACUUUUUUUUGCCCAAAUAGGUAUACAUGAUAGGGAACUGUUGCCAAUCUUUUUUUUUUCUGGACUGUAUUUCUAACCUGUAUAUAUGCAUAUAUUGAAAUAUAUUAAAGAUGCAUGCUAAAACAUUUUAGAUGCAUUGUUAAAAAUAACAUAUAUAAAGUGGUUCUUUAAAAAGUUUUGAAACUAAUAAAACACUAUUUCUAUAUUGAUUAAUAAAGGUAUUUAUUCUCCAUGUAGUAAAACUUAGUAAAUGACUAAAUAUCUAAUUUUGCUUAAUAUGACCAUAUUUGGACACUUUAAUCUUGAUAGGAUAAUAAUU